AUGGACUUCACCCAAUACGGCAACGCCACGCCAGAAUGGCUCGCAGUAACAGACUCUCGUCCACCAAUGGACCCCUCCCUCUCCCUGAAGGAAAUGCAAGAUAUAACAAACAUGCACCGCGAAAACCUCGCUAAAAGCGAACUGAAGAGAAUGGGAAACCCUGAGAUUCAUAUGAAGGAUUAUACUGUCACCGCAAGAGAUGGAUUUGCGCUUGAGGUGAGAACAUAUAGACCACCCAAGCAGGACAACGACCGUCUGCCGAUUUACAUCCAUCUCCACGGCGGAGGUUACGUCUUCGGAAACAUUCCUUCGGAAGAUGCUAUUUGCACUGCCAUCGCGCUUGGAUCAAAUGUCACAGUUGUCAAUCUGAAUUAUCGCCAUGCGCCCGACUUUGCGUAUCCGACUGCUUGGGAGGAUGUUGAGGAUACGUUUCACUGGGUCCAUGAUCAUAUCGACGUCCUCCUUGGAAACCCGGAUCAAGUCUUGAUUGGCGGUAUCUCGGCCGGCGCUCAACUCUCAGCAGCGCUUACGCUACAACAGAAUCUUUCUCCAGACGGACUCAAACGACCGAAGCUUGCGGGGCAGGUCCUUAUGAUUCCUGCUCUAGUCCAUCCCGAAUGUUACGCGCCCAUCCUCGAACAACUCAAAGAUCCAGCUUUGUCAUCUUACGUCCAGAACGCAGACGCGCCUCUUCUCGGCAAAGCAGCCCUCGAAAAGUUCACUUCGCUGUUAAAAGUUGCGAAACCGGAUCCCAAAGAUGUGCGCUUGAAUAUCGGACUUGCAUCCGCUGAGCAGGUCAAGGGUUUGCCGCCUACGACGCUUGGUGUAUCUGGUCUGGACCCUUUCAGAGAUGAGGGUCUUCUAUAUGGCAAGAAGCUUGCUGAGGCAGGUGUCCCUACUGAUGUUCAUCUUUUCAACGGUCUUCCUCAUGGUUUCCGACGUUUUGGAGAGCAGCUAUCGGAGAGUGAGAGAUGGGAUAAGGUCAUGGAGAAUGGAAUCAAGUGGGCCCUUUCCAACCCUCCGCCAACUGGAAAGUUUGAGUUUAAGCUUGAAUAG